AUGCAGCCCCCUCGGGCCGUGCCCGCCACCCAAUUGUCAUCUUCCACCCGCACACUGCGCCAUGCGCCCUUUACGGCGCAGCGGCCGCAUUUGAGAGGGCCCGCCCCGUGCAGCGCCGCUGCGCCGAACCGCCGCGUGCUGAUCGAGGGUGCUGUGGCGUCCGCCCUCCUGCUGGUGGCUAAGCCAGCCUACGCAGAUGAUGAGGGAAUCGCAGCGGCGCUGGAGGUGGAGGCCGCUCCGGUGGAGGCGCCCGUGGCUGCGGCAGUGGAAGAGGUGGCCCCCGCCCCAGUUGCCAGCAGCAGCGCACGCACCGGGCAGACGGUCUAUUUGGAUGUGAAGUUGGAGGGUCAGAAGCUGGGACGCAUUACUAUCGAGCUGCUGCCGGCCGUUGCGCCUGUUGGCGCCCAGCGGUUUGCUGACCUGUCCGAGGGCAAGCAGGGGGUCGGCUACAGGCUGGCCAGGUUUGACCGCGUGACGGAGGCGUUUGUGCGCUGCGAGGGCGUCAAGUCGCUCUCGUACUCUGCUGAUGGCUACUCGCCCAUUGCCGGCGGCGACUCGACGCAGGCGCUGGAGGAGGAGAUGGCGUCGCCCGCUGCGCUGCGCCACGACGCAGCGGGGCUGGUGAGCAUCAUCGUCGGCCUCGAGAAGGAGCGGGAAGUCACCGAGAAGCUGGUCGCUAUUCGGGGGAAGCUGGUGACCGUCCAGAACGUGGCCGGGGAGGCCCCGAACGGCUCCGCCUUCACCAUCACCCUGGGCCCCGCGCCCGAGCUGGACGCGACCAACCUGGUGGUGGGGCGCGUGGUGGGCGGCAUGGACGACGUGGUGGCGGCGCUGGCGUCGCUGCCGCGGGCCAAGCCGCGCGACGACUGGUUCGAUAAGCCGUUCUUUGAGGCAGGGAAGGCCAUCGGGGACAAGCGCGCCACCGUCGCUGAGAAGGGGUUCAACCGGCCCCUCAAGCGCGCCAUCGUCUCAUCGGCCGGCAUCGUCUGA